CAAUACAGUGCCGGGAAGCUUCGAAGGCACAGCUGAACAACUUAUAUCCAAAUAGUUUUGCGGUUUUUUUAAAAUACAUUUUAAUGAAUGCCAAAAUAGCAUAGGGCUUCACGAGAGAAGCCACUUAAAGUAAUAACAAGAUAAUUUCUUACUUUUAAUCGGACACACGCGCUAUUAGCACUGUUAGCGGUUAGCUUGCAUGUACAGUAGGGUGCGAGCUAAUCACUCUUUUGUUUAUGUUUCGACCUUCUGGUCUAUAAGCCUGUUAGCUGUGACAAUUAGCUCCCGAAGAGCUCAUAGAACAACAGCCUACAGCUCCAAAGAAGAAAGGAUGCUCUGUAUGUAGAUGUUGCUUUGCACCCUGAGGCGCUGGUGAUCCUCUUGUGAGCAGGAUGCCUUACCACUGUGUGGCUUACGGAUGCGGCAAAACUUCAGAAGAUGGUGUGAUACUUUUUAAAUUCCCCAAGGACCCUGAGGAGUUUUGCAAAUGGGAGAAGCAGGUCCAGCGCACCCGCACCCAGUGGAUCGCCACUCCCAACUCGCACCUCUGCAGCGAGCAUUUUGGCAGGGAGUACUUUGACUCCAAACCACCCACAGGAGCUCUGAAGCUGAAACCAGGAGCUGCUCCAACAGUGUUCCUCCGUCCACACUGUUCCUACUGCAAUGGAAAGGGCUGCAGUAGCUGCCUGCCUGCUAUCCAACAUCGGGGGAUCAUUGCUGAACCAAGAGAGCGUACUGCAGAACAGAAUAAAAUAACGCCUAUUCAUUUUGGUAGUGCUGAUGGAGGAGGUGAUGAAGCACACCUGACAAGAGGAGGGAUGAAGUUGGGAAAAGACAGAGAAGAACAACCAGUGGUGUGUGAGAUGUGUGGCACCAGCGGCACCAGAAGCACCUUCUUUUCGAAGAGCAAGCGUUUCUGCAGUAUUUCCUGCUCACGUUCCUACUCAUCAAACUCCAAGAAGUCCUCCAUACUGGCACGCCUGCAGGGACGGCCCCCCACAAAAAAAGCCACAGUGCUGAACAAGGUGAACAAAACCCCUCCAGCCCCGACAGGACAGGAUGCACUGAAUGCAGGUUUCGAAUGGGGUGCCUACCUGGAGAAGGAAACAUCUCUGGCUGCAUCAGUUUCCUGCUUCAGACAUGUUCCCCUGUGCUCCCAGUGGGAUGACAUUACUUUGGGGUUGAAGGUGGAGGUCCUGAACACAAAUGCAGUCCUGCCCAGUAAAGUCUACUGGAUCGCGACUGUCAUCCAGAUUGCAGGAUACAAAGCCCUGUUGAGAUAUGAAGGCUUUGAGCACGACAGCAGCCAUGAUUUUUGGUGCAGCCUCGUUUCGGGAGAGCUGAACCCGAUCGGAUGGUGCGCUAUGACGAGCAAGCUGCUGGUGCCACCACAAGGUGUGAAGCAGGACAUCCCAGACUGGAAGGAGUAUCUGAUGAAGAAGCUGGUGGGGGCCAACACUCUACCUGUUGACAUCUACCUGAAGUUGGCAGAAAGCAUGAAGACAUCUUUCAGGAUCGGUAUGCGCGUGGAAGUGGUGGACCCCAGACACGUGAGUCGGACACGCGUGGCCACCAUAGACUCGAUUAUUGGUGGCCGUCUGCGGCUUGUGUAUGCAGACCAAAGCGACGCCCCCGAAAACACCAUCUCUGACUUCUGGUGCCACAUGUGGAGUCCCCUCCUGCACCCAAUCGGCUGGUCCAGCAAUGUGGGUCAUGCCAUCAAAGCACCUGCAAACAGUGCAGAAGCUUCUGCCAGUUUUUGGAAGGGUAUUAGUGACAGUUCAUUCCUGCUUUUUAAAAGGCCUAGAUUUGUUUACAUGGAGGGAGGUUUCUUCGAGGAAGGAAUGAAGCUGGAGGCCAUUGACCCUCUGAACCUAGGAAGCAUCUGUGUGGCCACUGUACACAAGGUGCUGUUAGACGGCUACCUGAUGGUGGGUAUAGAUGGCACCAUAACAAACGACGGCUCUGAUUGGUUUUGCUAUCACGCCUCUUCUCACGCCAUCCUUCCCAUCGACUUCUGCAAAAAGAAUAACAUUCCUCUCACUGUACCUCAAGGUUAUGACUCUCAGACCUUUACGUGGGACAAAUACCUGAAGGACACCGGAGCCAAAGCUGCACCAGCUCGACUGUUCAAUGCUGACUACCCAGGUCACGGCUUCUCUCCCAACAUGAAGCUGGAGGCGGUGGACUUGAUGGAGCCGCGCCUGUUGUGUGUCGCCACAGUGAAGCGUUGCGUCGGCCGCCUGCUGCUUAUCCACUUUGACGGCUGGGAGGACGAGUUUGACCAGUGGGUUGACCACCAGUCUCCAGACAUUUACCCUGUUGGCUGGUGCGACCUCAUGGGCUAUCAGCUCCAGCCGCCUCCUGGACUCGUUGAUCUAGUGGAAACCCAGGUAGCACAGAACAAGAAACAGAGGCACUUUAUAUAUGGGAAAAAAAGAAAGAAACAUAAUGCAAAGAAGAGGCUUUCCCAGGAGCAAGCUAAAGACGAUGCUGGUCAGCAGCAGCAGCCUUGGGUUGCUAGCACUGAUAGUCCUCAAAAGCAGAAAGAUCUCAGUUUUCCUUCAAAAGUGUCUCUUGUCCAACCCAAGACUGAGCCAGAGGAGCAGGAGAUCUUUUCAGUGCAGGUCAAAGUGGAGGAGGUGGAGAUGGAGACCCCUAUUGAUCCUCCAGACAAUGGUCAACAAGUCCCUCUGGGUCUAUUGAAAAAAGAGGGAGGGGAGGAGAGCGAGUCGGGACUACAUCGCACCUCGGAAAAUGUAGAACAUGAAAAUACAAAACAGGGUGAAAGUGCCGCAGGAAGAAGUGAAGAGUUGUUGGAAGAGCGCUUUAGUGGUGAAAGCAACAAGGAGCAGAGUGAAAAGAUGGGUGUAGAGGCAGGGAGCCAGGGAGAGGACAGCACCAUGGAUGAAACAUCAGAGCAGGACACAACAGGAGAGGCUGCAGAAAUGGAGACAUGAGAUAAGUACAUUAAAGAAUCAGGAGAGCUGUGGUAAAGGUAGAUGAGCAAAGAGAUAUAGCUGGUUCUAAGAUGGAGUUUAAAACGGAAAUAUAACUACCUAAAAAAGACAAGAUAAGACAGGCGAAAGCAGGCUGAAAAUAUCUCUGCCUCAAAAGAGAGAGAGAGAGAGCGUGUUUUCUGGCCGUAGAUCCAGCGCGCAAAGCACAGUGAAAGUGAAAAUGUACUGUUUGUUUUUCAUAUAGUUUUAGUGUUGUCCAUCAUGCAGCCAACCUACUUAAGAUGAAAUCGGCAUCAUUCCCAUGGAAACUGUGCACACCACGGUCCAGUGUUGGAUCUAAUUAGUGUAAUGGCAACAGAACGAAGUUGCCUUCGCUCGCCUCAACAGCAACUGCUCUUCAUAUCCACCGAUAUGAUCUUAUUAGCUCAGAUCGAUCUGACUACAAACUGAUCGAAAGGAAGCCUUGAAUAUGAUAAUCUGUCUGUUUGUUCUUGAAUUAACCAUCAUGCAAUUCAAACUGCUAUUGUGAAACAAUAAAAACAUAUAAGUUU